ACGAGCAAGUGUCGAUGCUUCUCAAAGUAACGGAAGACUCUCUCAGAUGUUUAGAUGAAAACAAAAAUUCAGGGUAGUUUUAGUGGCACUUUUGAGAAUGAGACGGGGAAUUUGAAGGAACGCUCGCUUGGAUAGAGCGACAAAGUGCGGCAAAAUCGAUGAUCAUGAUGACGGCUCUUUAGUCGUUUGAGGAUAUGUGGUUUCCUUUGGCAGACUACCGCAGGUGAUUAUCGAUUCACCUUGAGUGCACUCGUCAAAUAUGGCGGAUGAUUUAAAACUAACAGAACAAGAUUAUGUGAGAUUCGCAGAUGGAAAAGGAAGUCCAGCAGUCCAUUUAGAACGAAAUACAUCUAAUAGAAAUACGGUGACGCCCCUGAAUAUCACCAUGAAGGACCCUGAUCACUCGUUGGAGCUGGAUAAAAUACUUUUACCAAACGAGAAUUCGAAAGGAGAGCGACUUUGUCACGGAGCCCUGAAAAUGCUGUCUCGUGGUAAAGGCGCCAGCAUCUUCGAUGCCAUUAAACUAAAGGAGGCAGAAACUGGAGCUAUAGACAGGGAAUUUCUGAGUGCCGAGGAUAACGAGGGUUUUACGUUGCUUCACCAUGCUUCACGAUGCAAUAAAGUUGAUGAGGUCAUCUGGCUAUUAAACAGGGGAGUUGAAAUCGACGCACUUGGAAAUAACGGGCUCACUGCACUCAAUAUCGCCGUCAGAAAUAAUUGCACAGAGGUUGUAAGAAUUCUACUUCAAAAAGGCGCAGACCCUUCAAUACCUGACGAAGAAAACGAGACGCCUCUGCUUUUCGCUUCUCGGCGAGGGUACAAUGAAAUCGCAGCCCUUCUCCUGAAGGAUUCCAGGACUGAAGUAAACUGUGCUAACUCAGCAAAAUUUACGCCUUUCCAUGGCGCGAGUGGUGGCGGUGACCGUUCGCUUUGUGAAAUGCUCUUGCAGUAUGGCGCUGAUUUAUUUGCAAAAACUGGUAACCUGACGACUGCUCUUCAUUUUGUGGCUUUCAACUCAAACGAAGACGUUUGUGAACUGCUCAUCUCCACAGCUAAGAAGAAAUGCCCGUCUGUGAGAGACUUUUUGAAUGCUAAAGAUGUUGAGGACAGCACAGCCUUACACGUAUGUUGUCGAAAGGGAGCUUCUAAAGUCGCGGAAUUGUUACUGCGUUAUGGAGCGGAUUAUGAAGCAGUUACCGGAGUGAACUUCAGCACUCCUCUCCAUCUCACCGCAAUGUAUGGCCACGAGGAAAUAACAAAGCUGUUACUUACUUGUGGUGCCGACAUUUCUAGUAAAGAUGGACAUUUGCAGACGCCUCUUCAUAGGGCUGCUGCGUUUAAUCAAGUGAAUAUAGUCAAAAUCUUGUUGGAUAGUGGAGCCGAUAAAGAGGCUAAAGAUAUGAUGGACAUGACACCAUUUUUGGGUGCUGUUGUUCAUGGAGCUAAGGACACAGCAGAGCUGCUGCUCAAUCAAGGAGCAAACGUUAUGGCUGUCGAUUCCGGGCACAACAGUUGUCUUCAUUUAGGCGUGAAACGCAAACAGCUAGAGAUUGUUAAAAUGCUGCUGGUUACUGAAGGAAAAGAAAAUCUGAUGAAGCUGAGGAAUAACGAGCUUCAAACUUUCGUGCAUAUUGCAGCUUCUCUCGAGCAAAAAGAGAUUCUUGAUAUCGUUCUGCGAGACGACUUCUGGUUGAGCCAAAGGGACUUGAAUGAAAGAAUUCCAUUACACAUUGCGGCAGAAAAUGGUUCACUGGAAUGUGUUCACUCUCUGCUGAGUUGCAAGGCGCUUUUCAUUUACGGAAACGACAGAGAUAAGGACGGAAUGAGUCCGCUCCAUCUCGCUGCUUUAAACAAGCACUUAGAAACUUGUGUUGUUUUGAUGUCUAAAGGAAGUGACGUAACCGCACUUGACAACCAACAGUGUACUCCACUUCAUCUAGCCGUCAAGGUUGGCUCAUUGGAAACUGUCCGACUGUUGUUGAGUCCUAUGUUGCCAAAUACACUUGAGGUUAAAGAUAAAGAUCAAAACACACCCCUUCAUGUGGCAGGAAUGCAUAAUCGAGUCGAAAUUUUAAAUUUUCUUUUGGACCAAGGAGCUGAUGUCACGGCUCGAAAUAGCAAGAAUAUGACUUGUCUCGACGAGGCUAUUGAGUGGAAUGCAGUUGAAGUGGCAGAAACACUCGUCAGGCAUAAAAGAUGGAAGGAGGUUUUGUGCGACACUCCUGUGGAUCAAAUUACACCCAUGGAAAAACUGAUAGAAAAGCUUCCGGGAGUAGCAGAGAUUGUUUUGGAUCAGUGCAUCAACUACAGCGACCUGCCAACUAAUCAUCCCGAUUUUACGGUCUCUUUCAAUUUCCUUCCUUUGGAUCCGGCUGCUGAUCCAACAGGUCAUCAUUACUUUUUCGGUCCAGCUUCCAUGGCAAAGUAUCGUCGAGAGAGUCUCUUAGAUCAUUGUGUGACGCAGACGCUUUUAAAGUGGAAAUGGCUUGUUCUAGGAAAGUAUGUUAGCUAUUUUAACUUCGCAGUUUUCAUCGCAUUUCUUGUAGUUUUUUCCGUUUUCAUCGUCCAGCAAAGAGACAAAGUGAACUUUUCAAGUGGCAAUGCAGUGACCGAGGCUGGCGAGGAUUCCAAGAGCCUUCCAGGAGUUAUCUUUGCGUUCUUGAUUAUAUCCUUGUUAAAAGAGAUAUUUCAGAUAUUUUGGCAGCGUCUUGGAUACUUUAAGGAUUACACAAAUUUGGUAGACCUAAGCAUGUAUUUGAGCACUUUGAUCUUUAUUCUACCUUAUUUGACCAACCAAGAGCUUUAUGGCGACGUUCGCGUGCAGUGGACUUUCGGAACGUUAGCCUUGUUGCUAUGCUACAGCAAUUGGUGUCUCUCUCUACGUCGCAUAACUUCUUUAUCGUUGUACAUAACCAUGUACAUCGAGGUACUGCAGACAUUUGUGAGGGUGAUCCUCAUCUUUGCCGUCUUGCUCUUGGGAUAUACAUUGGUCUUCUACGUUCUUUUAAAAGAAGAGGAUACCUUUUCAUCUGUUUGGGUUUCGAUGGCGAAAAUAUUUGUUAUGUUGUUGGGCGAAGUGGACUAUACUGACAUUCUGUCUGACAACGUGGUGAACAGCGCCAAAGUCCCGGGCACGAGUAACCUGUACGUUCCUCUACCGGUGCUGUCGUAUAUCUUAUUCAUACUGUUCGUGUUGUCAGUCUCCAUCGUCCUUAUGAAUCUCCUGGUCGGUCUGGCCGUUGGGGACAUAGACUCUAUUCAGAAGACAGCAACUCUGCGAAAUUUGAUAGAUCAAGCUUUGUUAGUGGACAGUAUACGAAAGAGAUAUCCGACGUGGAUGUUAAGACUAACUUACAAAGAAUACCUUGAGUUCAAACUGAAUCAGAACACGACUGUUAAGAGAUUUGUAUUUUCUGGUACGGGUCUCUCAAAUGAAGAUUUCCUGGAUAUCAUUGGCAAGAACGAAUCCAGCCAAAACGAAGAUGAAGGUGACUUAGAUGAGUAUGAUCGGCAGAGGAUCGAAAGGCAAGAAGAACAAAUGAAGAGACUUCAAGCCACUGUAGAUGCUCAAAGCAAAGUACUCACAGCCAUAGCUAAUAAACUGGGGAUAAAUGAAUAUACUGCAAGGUUGAGGUCUGGGGGCACCCAACGCAGCAACGCAUCUUUGAACAAAGUUGAUCCUUGGUUCGACAACGAUUCUGUGGAACUAAUGAACUACAAUCCUGGUGACGUUGAUGGAACUCGCAUCCAGGUUCCUAAUGUUGAAGUAUAUAGGCCGACCAUGAAUAGCUUUAUUUACUUCUCGAACGAGAAUUUUGCAGCCAAGGUAAAUGUGAACACAUUGAAUCGGGAAGGAGUGGCCCCAAUUCAUCGAGCUGUUCGCAUUAAUGAUGUUGGGGCAUUAGCCUCUUUAUUAGAAAGCGGCGCAGAUAUCAAUCUUGCAGACAGAACUGGAUCGACGCCUCUUAUCACUGCUGCAAGGUUUAACAGAUCAGAGGUGGUUAAGCUUCUUCUUGAAAGAGGAGCUAAUCCUCUUAUAGGAAAUGAGUCUUCUUCGAUUUCACCACUUCACGAAGCUGCCAGAAGGGGUUUCACGGAGAUUUGUAUUCUACUGCUGAAUGAUUCCAGAAUAAAAGCUACCACUAUAAACUACGGACAUAUUUCGCCUUUGCACAUGGCCUGCUUCGGCGGAGAUCGAGCCACAUGUGAAGUGAUCUUAAAACAUGGUGCCGAUGUUACCUACAUUUCGAAGGUAACUAAAAAUACUCCACUUCAUUUUGCGGCUUGGAAUGGGGAUGAAUAUAAUUGCAAGCUUCUUAUCAACGCAGCUUCCAAGACGCUCUCCUCUGUAAGCGAAUAUAUCAAUACAAGAAACAAAGAAGGAUCAACAGCCUUUCAUGUUGCGUGCAUGAGAGGAAAUGUGAAUGUAGCUGAACUUUUUUUGCGUCACGGAGCGGAUCAUGAUUCGCAUAAUUGGUCGGAGAACAUGUCCCCACUUCAUCAUGCAGCCAAAUGCGGCUUUGUGGAGUUGGUUGAACUCCUCAUCUUGUACGGAGUAGUCGUUGAUGCAAGGGAUAGGAAUAUAAGGACACCAUUGCACAGUGCUGCAACAUUUAAUCACGUUCGAAUAGUCGAGCUACUUGUGGAGAAUGGAGCAGAUCUAGAGACCAAAGACCAGUUAUCGAUGACGCCUCUGCUGUUGGCAGUGAGCCAUGGAGCAUGCCACACUGUGAAAGCUUUGUUGGACUGCGGAGCGGAUAUAACCGCAGUGGACUCUUCAUUGAAUAGUUGCCUUCAUUUGGCAGUAAUCUUCAAUAAGCCGGAAAUGGUGAAGCUAUUAUUAGAAAGGGACGGAGACAAAUUGAUAAGAUGUAGGGAAAAAGACUUGAAGACAGUGUUUCAUUUGGCAGCUGUUCUGAAAGAUCCAAAGAUUCUGGAAAUUCUCGUUCAAAGGGCGCCGAAAACGGAGGAAUAUUUUUGCCUGCGGGAUGCACACGAGAAAUUGCCUAUUCACGAUGCCGCUGCAAGUGGAUCCCUUAAUUGCUUGCGGGUUCUCACUCUUUGCCCUUUUCUUGUAAAUGAGAGAGACACGGAAGGAAGUUCGCCUCUUCAUUUAGCUGCCAGCAACAAGCACACCGAGGCAUGUGAGCUAUUGAUCCUGAAAGGAGCUGAAGUAACUUCCAGUGAUAUACACGGUCGCACGGCUCUUCAUUUGGCAGUCAAGGCUGGUUCUUUAAAAACAGUCAAGAUUGUACUUAAUUACCUUUUGUUAAGCACGCUCGAGGAAAAAGACGAAGAUGGGAACACUCCUCUUCACAUAGCCUGCAGGUACAAUCGCCUUGAUAUUCUCCACUUCUUUUUGGACCAAGGAGCUGACGUCACGGCUCUAAAUAACAGAAAAAUGACUUGCCUUGAUGCUGCUAUUGAAUGGGAAGCCAAAGAUGUGGCCAUGACACUGAUGAAACACGAAAGGUGGGAAGAGAUGCUGCAAUGCUCACCAGGUGUUGGUGUUCACCCGAUGAGAAAACUGAUCGAAAAACUUCCAGAUGUGGCAGAAGUUGUUCUUGAUAAGUGCAUUACCUACAGUCCACACCCUCCGUCUCACGAAGAAUUCUCUGUUACAUUUAACCUGGUUCAUUUGGAUCCUGAGCCUGAUUGUCACAGUUACUUCGGGCCAGCAUGCAUGGCAAAAGAUCGACGAGAAAAAUUGCUCAAUCACAGUGUCACUCAAGCGUUGUUGAGAUGGAAAUGGCUAAUUUUGGGAAAGUGUGUCUCCUUGAUUAACUGUGUUGUAAUGGCCGCUUAUGUCAUCCUGUUCUCGUAUCUCUUUGUCGAAGAGAGGAACAAAAUCAAUUUUUCAUUGACCUCUUCUGAGAAAGCAGCCAACGGAGAUGUUAAAAUCAAUUCGUCGUUUGAGCUGACCGUGGCUUAUGUUUUACUAGCGUUUUUGAUCGUGCAGCUCAUCAAGGAAGUUAUUCAAAUCAUUUGGCAGCGUUUUUCUUACUUUAGGGAUAUCACAAACUUGUCAGAGUUAGUAAUGUACGUAUUAGUCUGGAUUUUUAUACUUCCUCAUAUGACUGGGAGAAUUAUAUACAGCACACAGACUCAAUGGAUAGCAGGUAUACUCGGUCUUCUACUAAGCUACAUCAAUUUUACAUUAUCUCUUCGUCGCUUUGGUGGACUUGGUUUGUACGUCACAAUGUACGUGGAAGUUCUUUAUACAUUUCUGAAAGUGAUGUCCACAUUUAUGAUUGCCCUGAUUGGAUUCACCUUGGUAUUUUAUGCCUUGUUGAAAGAACAGGGUAAUUUCUCAUCUUUCUGGUACGCUUUUGCAAAGAUCCACGUCACAAUGGUUGGUGAGUUAGACUACUCAAAUAUGUUGGUUGACAAAGCUGUGGACAACGAGACAGUGCCUGGAACAAACAUUCCAUAUGUUCCUUUGCCAACACUUACCUUCUGUCUGUUCUUAGCGUUCAUAUUGUUAGGUAGUGUUGUGCUCGUCAACUUGCUGGUUGGUUUAGCAGUUGGAGAUAUCGAGUCUAUUCAGAGGACAGCUAGUUUACGAGCCUUGAUUGACCAAGUGUUUUUAGUUGACGACAUCGUCAAAUCCUAUCCAAGGUGGAUUUUACGAAAGAUCUACAGAAGCUCGUUGAGAAUAAAACCAAAUCAAAACAGUUUCAUGAAGUGGGUCACACUAUCUGCUACCGAUAUCACAGGAAGUGAUUUUGUAGAAAUGCUGCUGAACGGCGCAUCCAGCGGGAACUCUAGUGAUAUUUGUCGACAGGCGCAGUUGCAAGAGGAAAUACAAGAGGAAAGGAUACAAAAACUCCAGGCCGCUGUGGAAGCACAAAGCAAACUCCUUGAGGCAAUGGCUGAAAGGUUGAAUAUAAAGGGUUAUCAAUAAAAGGCUGGUUGAUCACACAAAAGAAAAAAGAAACAACCACCCUCAUGAAGGAUUGACUAUCCCAUUUAGCGAAUUAUGGAACAAGCGACCCAGUGUUCAUUGAUUCAGUUUGAAUAUGCGCGCUUGUCCCAGAUGUUAUUAAGUCUCAAGUAAACGUUCAAUCGUUUUCCUUAUAUUAAUAUUAUUUUAAAGGUGAUCAUAUGUUAAAAGAAAUUACUCCCACACCAUCUUCCUUGAUAUUUUGAAUGUCCCAGUAGCAUUCAGUUUAGGAACUAACUACGUUGAAAGAAAAGAAGAUAUUAAAAUCAAAUUAGUUAGAAGUAAUCCACUUCAGAAAGUUGCCCUUGUCAGUUAUUACAUAUUUAAUUUAAUUAUGUUGUCAUUGUGCAUUCAUACAGAGUGUAAAUGAUAAAGAAUGUGGAAGUUGCUAAUUAAAGUUGCCUGCUAAGUUUGUAAAUGCUUUUAUUUCUCACCUUCCAACGUCUUCUUGCUGGUCCCUUCUUGGAAGUGUGCAUUGGAAAUUCAGUGCGUUUCUGCUUCAUAAACACUAUCCCACAUUAUCGAGUCCUAAUGAAGCCAUAAAGCACUACAGUCAUAAUUACAGUUGGUAAAAUAUUUUGGCUUAUAAGAGUUGUUCUAAACCUGUCACCCGAAACGGGGAAAUUUCAGAACUAAUUUCCUCAAGUGGUAUUGACCUUCAGUGCGUUACCACGAUUGUGUAGUUUCCGUCUCUCUUAAAUCAAGAUGUGAGAUAAUUUUACAGGUGUUACAGAACAAGAUGUCAACAAACUAUAUCAGAAAACAUUGAAAAGUAAAUCGUAUCGUUUUUAGUAGACUUGAUGACUGUAAGGUGAUGGCAAACCUUUUGUGGUACGUGCUGCAAAUUAAAAAGAUGUGGAAUGU